AGAACCCUAGGCGGUGGCGGCGCAUCCUGCAUACCCCACCGUAGUGGCAGCGAGCCAGCGACCUCGAGUAGCAGCAGAGGCUCCGCAGGGGCGAAAAGGUGUGAAGCUUCCUUCGGAGAUCCCAGUAGCAGAAGCAACGCAGGCAUCGGCUUGCGACAGGAGAGGACGGAGAUGACGCAGAAGCAGACCCUGUUCAAGGGGCAGAGCAAGAAGAAGACUAUCCCUCCCAACCGCCACGGCAAGGCGCCUCAUGUUCGUAAAGGAAAGAGAGCCGUCAAGCCCACCAAGUUCACAAAGGACAUGGACGCCGAGAAGGAACUCACCAAGUUCAUCAACCAGUGCAACGAAAUAAAAGCUGCGAAUCUUGCUAGCAAAGAGGGCGGUGACCUCAACAUAGUGAAGGCGGAUGGUGAGGAAUCUAAAUCAAAGAAAUAGGAAGCCAGAAACUGAAAACGAGUGUGUGAAACGUGAUGCGUGGUAAACUGUUAAUGCGAUGUAUUCUGCUGAAGAAAAUUCAGUUCCGUAUGGCUGGGUAGAUGAACAUGUUUAGCGCAAAGUGACGGUGUAACUGCAACCGGGGUAAUGGCUUGCAAGUUUUGUUCUGUGCCAUCUCUAUUUCUCCAAUUAUUAUAUUGAUG